AUGUAUCCGAACCAGGGACUUAUGUUUAAUGAAUUCCCACUGGACCAACAUACUCUUCGAGAUCUCAACCGCCAUGAAAAAAGUUUAGGUCUACUCACGGAAAAGUUCGUUCAGCUUCUUAAAGAGGCUCCAGAUGGAAUUUUGGACCUUAAGAUGGCGGCAGAUUUCCUAGCUGUGAGGCAAAAAAGAAGGAUCUAUGACAUUACGAAUGUUUUGGAAGGUAUAGGUCUGAUAGAAAAGCGAACGAAGAACAGUAUUCAGUGGAAGGGCGGAAGUGCAGCUACAAAUGGACCUGAUAUUCAAGCUCGUCUAGAUGAACUUCAAGCUGAAGUUGAGUAUUUAGAAAAUCUUGAAAAAAAGUUGAUGAACAUAGAGGAAAAGUUUUACAGUCACUGA